GGGGUCCCACUAUCGCCCCCCUCUCUCUCUCUCUCUCUCUCUCUCGCUUCUAUUUAAUUUUCUGGAGUUUCGUCAACCAAAUCCUCUCUUUCCACCACCACCGUCGCCGGAACUCUGGGCUCUACAGAGAGAGAGAUCAGAGAAUGAGAUAUGGUGGGUCUGAGUGUAGUACUGGAAGCCCAAAAUGGUGGUGUUAGCAAGAAAACCACACAGGUUAUCAACAAGACCGCCAUGUUGCUUAUCAACAAGUCCUCAUCUCCUUCUGAUCUCUCCUCCUCUUCCUGUAAAAACCUCCAUUCGCUAAUUCCUCCAGGACCCACUUUCCUUGACCAGUGUUUUCUCUGCUACGAAAAGCUCUUGCCUGGAAAAGACAUCUACAUGUACAAAGGGGACAGGGCAUUUUGUAGCGUGGAGUGCAGGUGCAGACAGAUUUUUAUGGACGAGGAAGAGAGUCUUAGCAAAAACCACUGUUCAUUGGCUGCCAUGAAACCAACUUCUUCGUCGUCGUCUUCUUCUUCCUCCACGGCUCGUCGUCAACGCAAAGGGGCAAAAAACCGAGCAGGCGGGUUUGCUUACUGACUACUGAGAGAGAGUGAGAGAGUAUCAUGAAACUGAGAAAAUGGAUUUUUUUUUUCUUUGGAACUGUGAUCCAGUGUUAACCUGAUCCGUUGAUUUUGUAAUGACAUUGAUAUCUUUUCUAUUUUUAUUUUCUUCUUGUAUCAAGCCAUAGAAGUCAUGUGAUUCAUUACCCCCAACCCCCAAACACAUCUCUGAGGUCA